AUGAAGACCUGGCUUAGCCGCGGCAAAGGCGUCCGCGUAGGCAUCACCAUUUGUUGCCUCAUAGCAUUUGUGUUGUUCGGCUAUGAUCAAGGGGUUUUUGGGGGCAUUCUUCAGAAUGAAGACUGGCUCAAUCAAUUCGACCGCCCCUCUGAUAGCAAAACCGGUAUCAUCGUUUCCUGCUACAACCUUGGCUGUUUGACGGGAUGUAUCAUCAACUUCUUCACCGCGGAUAAGCUUGGCCGGCGAAUGACCAUUUGGGUCGCAAUGGCUCUAGUUAUAGUUGGCGCGACCCUUCAAGCCACAGCCUACAAUGUCCCUCAUCUCGUCAUCGGACGAGUGGUGACCGGCUUUGGAACUGGCAUGAAGACCUCAACCGUGCCUAUGUACCAAUCUGAGCUUUGUGAGGCCAAAUAUCGUGGCCGUCUCAUCGCCUCAGAGUCCCUCUUUGUUGGCGUUGGCAUAGUAUUUGCCUACUGGUUCGAUUUCGGCCUGUCGUAUGCAGGUGGAGCAAUGGCCUGGCGCCUUCCUCUUGCCUUUCAAAUCGUUUUUGCGCUCCUCGUCGUCGUCCUUGUGUUUGCUCUCCCCGACUCCCCCCGUUGGCUCUUCCAACACGGCCGCCGCGACGACGCAAUUGCUGUUAUGUGUUAUGUCUAUGAUAAAGACGUCAAUGACGCUUGGAUUAUAGAGCAAACCAAGGCAAUUGAGGCUGCUAUCGAGCUUGAGGCGGAGGCGCAAGUCUCCCUGGUCGACUGUUUCAAGAACGACCGCGUCAAGACCGGCAGCAGAGUCAUGAUGGCCUGGGGAAUGCAAUUAAUGAAUCAAUUGGGUGGGAUUAACCUCGUAGUCUACUACGUACCCUCUGUUCUCGUCACAAACGUUGGAACAACUGCUCAUAUGGCUCAAAUCCUUGGUGGUUGUAUUCAGAUCAUGUUCAUGGUUGGGGCCAUUUUACCUGCACUUGCCCUGGACCGCAUGGGCCGCAGAAAAACGAUGAUGUGGGGCUCCUUCGGCUUAGGGUUCUGUAUGAUGAUGGUUGCCAUCCUUCUGUCCCAGGCUAAGAACGCUUCCAACGGCGAGAAGUGCGCCUCAGCCGCUGUUGCCUUCUUCUUCCUUUACCAGCUCUUCUUCGGCUUCUCCGUCAACUGCGUCCCCUGGGUCUACGUCCCCGAGAUCCUCCCACUCAAAGCUCGAGCUCGAGGCACAGCUGUCGGCAUCAGUUCUAAUUGGAUGUGGAACUUCGUUAUAGUAAUGAUAACGCCUAUCCUUAUAGAGAGGAUAGGCUGGAAGAGCUAUCUGAUCUUCGCUAUCACCAAUUAUUUGUUUGUUGUUGCGACCUGGUGGUUUUUCCCGGAGACCAGCAACUUGGACCUCGAAAUGGUGGACAACAUCUUUGCUUCCGGAGAAAACCCGGUUACAGUAGCAAAGAGAAUGCAGAAGGAACUCAAGGAAGGGCGCUUGCGUCCUAUGGGUGCCGAUUCUUCAGACAAUGAAAAGGUGGUGGAAGAUAUCAAGGCUUGA